CAAAGCUAUGUGGUACACGUUUAUCAUCGAGACGUCGUGCAUAUGUAUGUGUUUGACAUCCAUAUUGACGGAAUUUCGAAGAGGAAAUUUAACUUAUAGGGAAUGGUUACCAUAUGACUAUUCCUCUGAUAUAUUUUUAUUUUGUGUCACGUACUUCCAUCAAUUGAUAAGCUUGACGGCCGCGUCCAUUGUGAACGUCGCCUGUGAUAACAUAAUCUGGGGAUUAUUGUUGCAUAUCUGUGGCCAGAUCGAGAUAUUGGAAUGCCGGCUGGAAAGAUCUCUGCGCAACCAAAGCGACUUCGGCGAAUGCGUAUAUCUGCACGAUCGCAUCUACAAAUACGCACGCGUGAUAAAUAGAAAAUUCAAUUUUAUCAUUGCCGUUCAAUUCAUAGCGAGCACACUCGUGAUAUGCUCCAAUUUGUAUCGACUAGCGAAGACUGAGUUAAGCGCGAAGUAUGUUGAAGUGGCGUUGUACACAAACUGUAUGCUAAUACAAAUUCUAAUCUACUGCUGGUACGGAAACGAAGUGAAGCUAAAGAGCACUCAACUUGGCGAUCGGAUCUUCAGUAUGAACUGGCUGGUAUUAGACAAGAAAAUGAGAAAAAAUCUUAUAAUGAUUAUGAACCGUUCUCUAAUCCCUAUCGAAUUUUCCAGUGCUCAUAUUUUUACGAUGAACCUCGAGUCCUUUGGAAAGCUUCUUAAAGCGUCGUAUUCAAUAUAUAAUGUACUUCAAAUUAUGUAAAAGGAGACUGCAUAUGUGAAAAAUGUUUAUCUAAAAGUAAGAUUCAACGUGUAAAAAUAAUUGUCGAAUUCAAAUUAAAAGCAAUGUAUUUGUAUAAAAUAGCCUAUCACGGUGGUGGCUUAUUACAGGCUAAUUACAGCUAAUGGAUCAAAUGAUAAGAAAAUUAUAUUUUUUAGAAAUACAUUACUUGUUAUUGAUUACGUAUAUCUCGUAAAGAAAUACCUGGGUAUGAAAGAAUAGAUCCCAUUAGCAAAUCUCCAAGUAUUCGGCUAUGAUAUUGUAUAAGUUUGCGACAAACAUUUUUUUAACAUAUACACUAUCAGUAUAGGAAUUGAUGAAGAAUGAUACGUACUAUAUCAUGAAACUGUAGCAGUGACAAUAAU